GGAGUAUCUAUCCAAUAUUCCACAGAUAUCGCGACACCAUGGUUGAGAUCGAUGCCGCAAAGGCCGAGGCACAGUCGGUUUCAUUAAGCUCCAGCCCCACGCCGGAGGGUGAACUUGCGACAGAAGAAGAAAUUCGAGACCUCGAGCAUGUGGCAGACUCUCUUCCUCUCCGGGUAUGGGUGGCAGCAUUUAUUGGGAUGGCUGAGCGUUUUGCUUAUUAUGGAACCCAAAGCGUUUUCCAGAACUACCUUCAAAAUAAGCCCUCGGAUUUGAUUCCCGGGGCUCUUGGUCUCGGAAAGUCGCGCGCUACCACCGUCAAUCUCGCCUUUACCGUUCUUGUCAACAUUCUACCAUUACCAUGCUCUAUUCUGGUAGACGGAUGGUUAGGCAGAUAUCGCUCUUUGCAAAUAUUUACCUUAAUCUAUAUGUUUGGCUCUGCAGUGCUUCUAGCAACGUCAUUUCCAUGGAUGAUGCGCGACGGCAUUGCGGUAGCUGGAUUCAUCCCCGGAGCAAUCUUGAUUGCGAUUGGUCUUGGAGGGGUACAGGCCUCACUACAGCCCUUCAUUGCGGACCAAUAUACCGAGCAUAACUUGCGCAUUAAAACGAAGAAGAAUGGCAAGCGCGUGGUCGUCGAUCGCGAACUGACCAUUCAAUACAUCUAUAAUCUUUAUUACUGGAUGGUAAAUGCCGGGUCCUUGGGCAGUAUCGCCACGACGAUGAUGGAGAAAUACAUCGGCUUCUGGUCAGCUUAUCUGCUGGAUCUGUGCUCGGUUGUUCUGUGUGUUAUACUGGUGCAGGUUGCAGGACCAAUCUUUGUCCACCCGCCGGCGCAAGGGUCUAUCCUUCCCAAGGCAUUCCGCUGUCUAUGGUACGGCGCACGAGACGGAUUCGACCUAGACGCUUCCUUGCCCGAGAAUCAGGAAAAGAAGCAUGGACGGGUCGUCCCGUGGGACAAAGAGUUCAUUGCAGAACUGCGCGAUGGACUCUCCGCGUUCAAAAUCUGUAUUGGAUGGCCUAUAUUCUGGCUCUGCAUGGGCCAGGGAUCCCAAGUCGCCAUUUCACAGGCCGGUCAAAUGGAAACCCACGGGAUCCCUAAUGAUCUGAUAAAGUCGUCCAACCCACUCGCCUACGUUUUCUUCGGACUGCUUAUCCAGAAAGGUCUCUACCCGUUUCUUAACCGACGCAAGAUCCGCUUCAGCCCUAUCAAUCGGAUCACGAUGGGGUUCUUCAUCAUGUCUAUCGCCAUGGCCUAUUCAGCCAUCGUCCAGGCACUUGUAUACCGCGCUGGCCCCUGUUACAAUCAUCCACUCGAAUGUGCGGCAUCGGAUGGGCGCACACCGAACAGAGUUCAUGUGCUGAUUCAGCUGCCCACGUUCGUGAUUAUCGCUCUGGCUGAGGUGUUUUGUUGGCCCACGGGAUCGGAGUACACGUACAGCCAUGCGCCCAAGAGCAUGAAAUCUGUCCUUCAGGCGUGUUAUAUCGGAACUUCUGGGUUGGGUUAUGCGCUCGGUAUGGCUUUCUCGCCGCUCGCGAAGGAUCCAUUGUUGGUGGUCUUAUGGGGCGUUGUGGCAGGGAUGAUGUUCUUGACUGCUUGUGCUUUCCGGUUCGCGUAUCGGCAUUGGAAAUAGAGCUAUAUAGCGUCGUCGAUUGAAAUAUUUAUGGGAUUUAUUCUAUAU